AUGCGUUUCAACAACAAUCUCUUGCUCGCUUCUUUCCUCGGCGUCGCAACCGCCAUCCGUCGAAGUUGCAGGCCCGACCUUACUAGCAGCGUUACCGGCACCGGCUAUUACACUGUUCAAGGCACCGACACUUGGGCUAAUGUCGCGGCUGAUUUUUGCUCCACUGAAUCAGAGCUGCAAAACAUGAAUCCUACUACCUCUUCGUUUUCUCCAAACCAAAUUAUAAAAGUCCUUUGCAAAAGUCGAAAGCGCAAUUGCUCUAGGAUCCCGGGGAAAGAGUUUGGGUACUAUACGGUCGUCGAAGGCGACGAGUUGUCACUUAUCGCGUCGGAUUUCUGCGCCGAUUAUACUCAAAUGUGGCUUUUAAACCUCACCCUGGAUCAGAGUAAGAAACUCGCUCCUGGCACCAUCUUGCAAGUUCCUUGCGGUUGGAACUAG